UACAGAUGAGUUGGCAGCCAGUCUGAGCUGACCCACAGACUCAUAAAAAUCAACAGGGCCUCAGGUACCUUCAUCCAGCACAUCUAAACUCUUGCAUCAAAGGUGCAAGGACUUGCUCACAUCGAGAAUCUGGCUGCUUUCUUGGAGACCAAGAAAAUGAGUUUUUGUUUCUACAUUUACUCCAUCAAUUCAUGAGAGAGAAUCUUCUGGAAUCCCUGACAGUGACAGCACAGCGACUUCCUGAGUUCCUUAAGUCACCUCUUUUCAUUCAUUUCUACAAGAACUCAUGUGUGCAUUUCACACAGUGAAAGCCAUGCAGCGUCAAGCGCUUACGCCAGUCAUUGCCUCUCUUUUACAUUGUCAGUGUGGAAUUCUUCACUGCAAACCUGCCACAGUGUCCUGCCAGCCUCUCAGUCAACAGUUCUUCAUGUCUCACUGAAGUCCCUCUUGCCACAAAUCCAAGCCAUGUGUCUAUAGUGUCGUUCAUCCAUCUGGAUUCUCCCAAGCACUGCGACAUUUAAUCUGUAUAUGGCCCUGGGAAGUAGCUUGCAUCAUCGUCAUCUGGCAGAUGAGAAAUCCAAGGUCAUUAUACACACCACUGAGUGAAAAGAAACGAGGAAAGGAAUGAGAGGAAUUGCGUCAGCAGGCCGGCUGUAGGCGCCACCAGCCUUUCUCGGGAGGUAUUUUCUCUACUGUGCUUUCGUCCCCGUCCUGGGUCCUGGCAGAGAUAGCGUGACAAGUUCUGAGCCCUACAUCUGGCAUCCCAGAGCAAGCAACUCUUGCUGGUCACUCCAAGAUCUACUUACACAUGAAGUUUUGAAAAUUGUCUCCUGAACCUCUUCCGACAGAGAUCAGGGUGUUGACAGAAAGUAUGUUCAAACAUCUUCGGAAGUGGGUCAUCACUCGCUUUUUUCGGCAUUCUCGGCAAAGAGCAAGGCUAGUCUCCAAAGAUGGAAGGUGCAACAUAGAAUUUGGCAAUGUGGAGGCACAGUCGAGGCUUAUAUUCUUUGUGGACAUCUGGACAACAGUACUUGACCUCAAAUGGAGAUACAAAAUGACCAUUUUCAUCACAGCCUUUCUGGGGAGUUGGUUUUUCUUUGGUCUCCUGUGGUACGCAGUAGCAUACAUUCACAAAGACCUCCCAGAGUUCCAUCCUUCUGCCAACCACACUCCCUGUGUGGAGAACAUUAAUGGCUUGACCUCAGCUUUUCUGUUUUCUCUGGAGACUCAAGUGACCAUUGGAUAUGGAUUUAGGUGUGUGACAGAACAGUGUGCCACUGCCAUUUUUCUGCUGAUCUCUCAGUCUAUACUUGGAGUUAUGAUCAAUUCUUUCAUGUGUGGCGCCAUCUUAGCCAAGAUCUCCAGGCCCAAAAAACGUGCCAAGACCAUUAUGUUCAGCAAGAAUGCAGUGAUCAGCAAACGCGGAGGGAAGCUUUGUCUCCUAAUCCGAGUGGCUAAUCUCAGGAAGAGCCUCCUUAUUAGCAGUCACAUAUAUGGAAAGCUUCUGAAGACCACAGUCACUCCUGAAGGAGAAACCAUUAUUUUGGACCAGACAAAUAUCAACUUUGUAGUUGAUGCCGGGAAUGAAAAUUUAUUCUUCAUCUCCCCAUUGACAAUUUACCAUGUCAUUGAUCACCACAGCCCCUUCUUCCACAUGGCAGCAGAGACCCUUCUCCAGCAGGACUUUGAAUUAGUGGUGUUUUUAGAUGGGACUGUGGAGUCAACCAGUGCUACCUGCCAAGUCCGGACAUCCUAUGUCCCAGAGGAGGUGCUUUGGGGCUACCGUUUUGCUCCCAUAGUAUCCAAGACGAAAGAAGGGAAAUACCGAGUGGAUUUCCAUAACUUUAGCAAGACAGUGGAAGUGGAAACCCCUCACUGUGCCAUGUGCCUUUAUAAUGAGAAAGAUGCUAGAGCCAGGAUGAAGAGAGGCUAUGACAACCCCAGCUUCAUCUUGUCAGAAGUCAAUGAAACAGAUGACACCAAAAUGUAACAGUGGCUUUUCAACUGGGGUAAAACCAAGUCUCCAAAGUUCCUAGUGGCUAGAAGGAGCAUUAUGAAGCAGUCAACAACUUAGUGGUAUAAAAGUAGGAUGAGAGCCUUCAAAGUCUACCAGCACAAUGACCCCUGAGCCCUGCAAUUGUGAUUCCACAAGACAUGUAUCUCUACAAGGCUACUGUAUUAGAAUGUGCCAUGCAUUUAUAGGAAACUGGCAUAUGGAAGCCAUAGGUGCUCACUUGAAAUCUUUAAUAUGAUUAUUUGAGCUCAUGUAGUGUUGAUGGGAGCAGACAAAAUUAUCAAAAGUUUCAUGGACAGGACAAACAAAAUAUUUUUUUAAAGUUUCCUUAAAGAAGUUAUGAACUUUAGAAAGGAUCAGGGAACAAUAAUAAUCUCAUUUUGAUUCUACUGAUAAGAAAGACUCCACUUUUAUUUGAGUGUGGAAUUUUACUGAUGGAAAAAUUGUCUCCUAAGUUGGGGAGAUGAACCAGCCAAUCAAUGACAAUAAGAAAACGCUUACACAAAGAACAAUUUGAGGCUUGAAUCUUCUUAUGUGUUACAUUUAGACAGAGGCUAAAUCUACACGCUAGAACCUUGAUGAUACCUUCCACAAGACAGAAUGCUUUAGUUAAAAGCGGUGAUAUUUCUUUCAAUCUGUAUUGGAUGGCUUCAGGGACUAUACAUCUAUUUAAAAAGAGUAUUUCCUGCUCUUCUAAGAUAGCAAUGAGGGGUUCAAAGGUGCAAAGUCAGUAGAGAAGGUAAUGUACCAUUAAUGCACCUGAGAAGAAACAGUUUCAUGAGGUUCUCCACCUAGAGUUUGUGCUGGAAUGCUAUUUCUGAAGAAGUGGGAAAGAGAGGAAUGGGAUGGAGCCCCACAGUUCAGGUUGUUACUAGGUCUUUCUUUCCCUGAAAGCCCAUCUUCCUAAAAGGGACCAGCUAUGGAAGGAUCGACCUUGAGGGGAAGGUUUUCCUGUGAAAGUCUUCUUCAGGUCCCCACCUGCAUCAUUUUGAAUGUGUCCUGGAAAAAAAAUGGUACUCAAAGCUGCUUAGGAAUCAAAAUGUUUUCAGUGGGUUGAUUCAUAUAUUAAAUUUCCGAAACUGUCCAUGCA